CGGACCUCAGUCCUGCAGUGAACUUCUCAACAGCGGCCAUAACACGAGCGGGGUCUACACCCUCUAUCCAGCCGGAGACGUCACAAGCCCCAUCCGUGUCUACUGUGACAUGGACACUGACGGGGGAGGAUGGACGGUGUUCCAGAGGCGAAAGGACGGCUCAGUUGAUUUCUACCUGGACUGGCAGAACUACAAGACGGGGUUUGGGGACCUGGGAGGAGAAUUCUGGCUUGGCAAUGACAACCUGCACCGCCUGACGGCACAGGGAGGGUACGAGCUGAGGGUGGACCUAGAAGACUUCGAGGGAAACACGGCCUACGCCAAAUACAGCAACUUUAGUGUGGAGGAUGAAGGACACCUGUACAGGCUGACUGUGGGGGGAUACUCAGGAACUGCAGGAGAUGGCAUGGCUGUUCAUUCAACCAUGCUCUUCUCAACCAAGGAUAACAGACAUGAUAUUCAUGAAAGUACCGACUGCGCCCAGACAUUCAAGGGAGGCUGGUGGUACGCCCGGUGCCAUCUAGCCAACCUGAAUGGUCUGUACCAUGGUGGACCUCAUCAGUCUUUUGCAGAUGGGGUGAACUGGGGAUUAUGGAAGGGCCAGUACUAUUCUCUCAAACACACGGAGAUGAAGAUCAGGCCUCGUUAGAUCCACUUGGUCUCGGCUUGCGUUUUUUUAACGAACAAACCGUGAUUUAAGGUAAUUUAGUGAAAUAGAAUUUUCUAUAGCAAGUGGUUUACAAUCUUGUAAGAAAGGUUUUAAUCUCUAAGCAUUUUAAAUGACGAUGUAAUUGGUAGAGGCUAUAGUAUUGGUUAACUUGCAUUACAGUUGUGCAUGACUGCUUAAAAACAUGAAACAUGCAUUGGUGAAAAAUAAAACUGAUUAACAGCUA